GGCGUUGGUGGGUUUAACAAUGUGACUACGGCGAACCAAAAGUCACAGUUCGCAAGAAAAAAAUGGCGCCACGCUUCCCUCUGCUGCCAUCCCUCUACAAAAUCACCCAAACCUAUUUCCGAACUCCAAACCCAUAUUUCAGAUUACCAAAUGCCCUACCCGAUUCCCUCUUUGUCGUCGGCUCAAGAACCCCAACAAGUGGGUCGCCCUUCUCGUUUGCACAAGCAUCUCGAUCAUAUGCUAGAGGUAGACAACCUCAUUAUGAUCUGUUUGGCAAUGGAAAGCCUGGAGACAAGAAAUUCCGAGAAGCAUGGGGAAAAGAGAUCGAUGAAGAUGAUUGUCUGUGGACAGGAAGCGAAGAUGAAAGCGAUACAGAAAAGCGUAAAAAACAUCUUGAUGAAGAGAUCAAGAAAGUGAAACAACAAGCAAAGGAUCACUCAGAUCUUAUUGAUGGUGAUGAUAGUGAUGAGUUAAGGAGUGUAUGGUCUGGCAGUGAUGAAGAGAAAACACUCUGGACUGGUAGUGAAGGUGAUGAUGAUGACGACAUUCCUACAGACCCCUAUCCUAAUGAGAAAAGUGAUGCAUAUCUUGAUAAAUUAUUCGAAUUUGAGGAAAAACCGAAAUAUAGGACCCUCUCGGAGCUAUUAAAAUCUGAGGAGGAACCAGAAGAAUUAUCCCCGGGAAAGCAAGCUAGAAAACUUGCAGUUGAGAAUGCUUUGAAAAAACUAAAGAAGGGACCCGAUGGGCGUUACACAAAUGUGUGGGAGGUGAUGAGUGAUUUGGAUAUUCUUAUAGGGGCGUUUGAAAAUAUUGUUUCUGGACCUGAAUAUGAAGAGCUUCGAAAGGGAGGACCAAAGAAGCUGAACAUGGAGUUCUUUAAGGACAUUCAAGCACGAAUGAGAGACCCUAAUUAUAAGUUCUCACCUGAGUUGAAGCUGAAACCUAAGAGCAGAGUGGUACCCAGAAAGAAAUGGCAAAAGGCACAGUCCAGACGUAGGAAAGCACAGAAGCGUUAAGGUCAUGAAAUCUAUAUUUCACCGGUAUUCUGUGCUUCAAUUACCUGAGCAAAGACUCUGACACAGUGGGAUAGCCGUGGGGAAUUAAGGGUGCGACUUGAAUCUAAUACUAGGACCGGAGAUGUGAUGGCCAAUACUAACGGUCCUAAUCUUUAAGUGUUUGACUUAGAGUUCGACUUAAGGACCGAGGACUGAUUAAAGUCCGGAUCCAGACCAGAACCGGUUAAAUUUUGACCAGUUGUAACUGGUUGGUCCCCAUAAGACAAUUUUUUUUUUUGUUAUAGACCGGUUAAAGGAGUGGUCAGUUCCUACCAAACCAUUUUGACAUCCUUAAAAUGUAUAAAUCGGUUGUUGCUGUUGAGAGUGUUUGUAAACAAGUUUCUACAAGUGCCCUCAGAGUGUGAUGAUUCGCAAUUUCGACCUAAUUUUGUGUUCUUUC